AUGAUUGUCCUCUUCACAUUACUGAGGGGAAUCUUUCUGCCUGUCAUGAUCGUGACCCUCCCCCUCCCAGCUCAUUUGAGACGACGUUUCCCCGCUCAGAUGGUAAUUAUACUCCAAUGGUUCGCAUUCGGGAUGUUUUCCGCGCUGCUUAUAAUUCCUUGGCUUUUGUGCGUCUACAGACUGGUGACACAUUCACCGGGCAGGACCAGGCGUAUCAAGCAGGUUUUGGAUGACCGGACCGCUCCCAAAACGGUUGUUGUUAUGCCAGUCUAUAAGGAGGCCCCUGAAACGUUAAUAAGGGCAAUCGAUUCUGUGGUUGAUUGUGAUUAUCCAGCUAACUGUAUUCAUGUGUUCCUCUCUUACGAUGGCUGCCUCAUUGAUGAAUCCUAUCUUCGGGUGAUUGACCACCUUGGAAUUCCAAUCACGCUGGAGAGCUAUCCACAAAGCAUAGACGUGACAUACAAGGGCGCCAGAAUUACAGUGUCUCGUUUCAAACAUGGGGGGAAACGACAUUGCCAGAAGCAAACUUUCAGACUGAUCGAUAUGGUAUAUGCGGAUUACCUGGAGCGCCACGACAAUCUUUUCGUGUUAUUCAUUGACUCCGACUGCAUCCUUGACCGUGUAUGUCUGCAAAACUUCAUGUACGAUAUGGAGUUGAAGCCAGGGAGCAAACACGACAUGUUAGCAAUGACGGGUGUCAUUACGUCGACCACGGAUCGGGGCUCGCUCCUCACGCUUCUGCAGGACAUGGAGUAUGUCCAUGGGCAACUUUUCGAGCGCUCUGUGGAAUCUAGCUGCGGCGCUGUGACUUGCCUCCCCGGGGCUCUGACGAUGCUCCGGUUCUCUGCCUUUCGUAAAAUGGCCAAGUACUACUUCGCGGACAAAGCCGAGCAAUGCGAGGACUUUUUCGACUAUGGGAAGUGUCAUCUUGGAGAAGAUCGCUGGCUCACACACCUGUUCAUGGUAGGCGCUCGGAAACGUUAUCAAAUCCAGAUGUGCGCAGGCGCCUUUUGCAAGACUGAAGCAGUGCAGACAUUCAGCAGUCUUUUAAAGCAGCGUCGGCGCUGGUUCCUGGGCUUCAUAACCAACGAAGUGUGUAUGCUGACUGAUGUGCGGCUUUGGAAGCGCUACCCCCUGCUCUGCCUGGUCCGUUUUAUGCAAAACACAAUCCGAACAACCGCACUGCUGUUUUUCAUCAUCGCGCUCUCACUUAUAACAACGUCGAGCAGCAUCAAUGACCUGCCCGUGGGGUUUAUUGCCAUAUCGCUGGGACUCAACUACGUCCUCAUGUUCUACUUGGGUGCGAAGCUCAAGCGCUACAAAGCUUGGCUUUUCCCGCUGAUGUUUAUCCUAAAUCCCUUCUUCAACUGGCUGUAUAUGGUGUAUGGAAUCCUCACUGCGGGCCAGCGUACAUGGGGAGGACCGAGAGCCGAUGCCGCCACCGCCGAUGAGCACACUUCGCCUGAGGAGGCUAUCGAACUGGCUAAGGCUCAAGGCGACGAGCUCAAUGUCGAUCUGACUACCUUCCGUUCCAGAGGGGAUGAGAAGAGCGUUCCAAUCCAUCCCUCAGAGAAGAUAGAAGGGCGCUUCUCUGCACCAGAGCUCCCCGAUGGUUACUCCUCGAACCUGAACGACUCCAACGCUGCCCUUACCGAGCUGAUGACGCCUCUUCCCGGUGUGCCGCGGAUAGGUAUCCAUACAUAUCCGUCCUCCGACUCAAUCAUAACCUCGGACUCGCUGAGCUCGAUCCACCUUCCCCUUAAGGUUGAAGAGCUGACCGGUGAUACUGACAAUAUGGAACCCUAUUACGAUCAGCAAACAAGGGACACGUCGACUUUCCACCAGAUGCAGAGGACUUGUUCUAACGGAAUCAUGGCCAGUGAUUCAUGCUCUUCACAAGAAGAUGCUUUUGAGGUGGUAAACAAGACUCAGAUACUGUCACCUUCAGCUCAUAUCCUGCCGCAUUCAUCACAAGCCACGGAGUCGUCAUCCGGAGAGGAUAUAUACCCACUUCACUUGCCAGCGCCACACGAACAAGAGACACGGUUUGCUCCUAUCAAUGCUUCAACCAGAGGUUCAAUGGAAAGAAACACCCCAGAGGUACAGCGACCCCGCCGUAAGCUCCCAGGGAUUCCACGGCCUAUCAAAGCACAGAAAGAUGCCGAAAGUAUGGUCUAG